AAACUGCCAGUCAUUAUAGAAUUAAUCUCGGUUGACUUUGGUUGACUUCGUGUAGUGGGUAAGCAAGUUGCUGCGGUGAAUUUAAUGUAAUUAAAACGACGAAAUCCAAAUAAUGGGAGCGGUACGAAUAAUUAACGAUGAUCGUCAUUUCAACGGCGAGUUAAACAAUGCCGGCCAAAAGCUCGUUGUCGUGGACUUCACAGCAAGUUGGUGUGGGCCCUGCCAGAGAAUCGCCCCGAUAUUCGAGCAACUGUCACUCAAGUAUCCGAAAGCGGUAUUCCUGAAGGUGGACGUGGACAAGUGUGCGGACACCGCCUCGAUGCAGGAUGUGAGCGCGAUGCCGACCUUCAUCUUCUACCGCAGACGCACGCGACUCGGCCACUGCCAGGGUGCGGACCCGGUCGGUCUUGAGUCCAAGAUUCAGCAGUACUAUGGCAGCGGCGAUGCCGACGACGCGGAUGACUCGAUCGCGGACUCCCUGCCUGGCCAUAUGGACCUGUCCAGUUUCAUAAUGAAGCAGCAGUGUGAGUGUUUAAACGAAUCGGACUAUCAUACCUUCCCUCAGUGUCUGAACUCGGACAGUGGGUAUCUUCAGAGCGACGAGGAUGAGCAGCUGAUAAUGUCCAUUGCAUUCUCGCAGCCUGUUAAGGUUCACUCGCUCAAGAUCAAGGCACCCACGGAAAAUGGACCGAAAAAUAUCAAAUUAUUCAUCAAUCAACCCAGAACGAUCGAUUUCGAAAUGGCAAAUUCCAAUACGAGCAUUCAAGAUCUAACAUUAUCGACCAAGGAUCUCGAGGAAGGCAAUCCGGUACCACUGCGCUACGUCAAGUUCCAGAAUGUACAAAAUCUUCAAAUCUUUGUGAUAGACAAUCAAAGUGGUUCGGAAACAACGAGGAUCGAUCAUCUAGUCGUAAUCGGCUCACCAAUCUCGACUACUAACAUGGGAGAGUUUAAGAGAGUGUCUGGCAAGAAGGGAGAAAGCCAUUGAGCGACUAUUCUGGAACAAUAAUAUAUCAGGAUAUCAUCAGGAAUUUUGAUUUGCCUACUAACAUUCCCCCUAUCAUUGUUUUCUUUUCGUAAGAAAGAAAAGGAAAAAGAAAUAAAGCUAAUGUAACAAUUUAAAAUAAUAAAAACUGAUUUGAAUACCGUACAA